AUGACUCUUCCUGUACUGUUGCUGUUUCUCAGUGCACUGGGACCUGUUACAUCCAUCGGAUUGGAUGAAAACGGGUACACUGAUGUUCUUGUAGUCAUCAGCCCUGCUGUGCCAGAGAAUGAAGAACUUCUCAAUCAAAUCAAGGAAAUGUUAAUCAGUGGAUCAGAAUAUCUGUUUGAAGCUUUAGACCACAAGCUGUUCAUCAAGGAGGUGAAAAUACUAGUACCUCCAAACUGGAUGACAGGAAAGUAUGAGAGAGCAAGAACAGAAUCCUUUGACAAGGGCAGAAUAAGAAUUGACAUCCCACAUCCUCAUUUUGGUGAUGAGCCGUACACUCAUCAGAUUCAGGGUUGUGGAAACGAGGCUGAAUACAUUCAUUUUACCCCAGACUUCUUGUUAAACAAUGAUUUUAUCAAACAAUAUGGACCUAGAGGGAAGGUGUUUUUGCAUGAAUGGGCUCACCUCAGAUGGGGGGUAUUUAAUGAAUAUAAUACGAAAGAGCCCUUUUACAUGUCUGGUGGUCGGAUUCAACCAACAAGGUGUUCUGAUAAGAUUUUUGGGGAGUGGUAUGAAAUUAUACGUCAGGGUCUUCAACCUUGCCAAAUUAAUGAAGCUGGAAAUCCCACAACCAGCUGUGAAUUCAUUCCAGAUAAGAAAAUAACAUUUUGUCAAGAAGAGGAGCACAACUUUGAAGCCCCCUAUGAGCAAAAUAAGAAGUGUGCCAAAGCAACAAGAACAGUCAUUUUUCAGGACUCGGUAGAUAAAGAUACCCUUCACAACCUAAAGCCUCUGCCCUCUGCACCACCAGCUCCAGAAUUCAAAGUCAUACAGAGGGGACAUCGGGUCGUCUGUCUCGUCCUUGAUGUCUCAGGAAGCAUGAGUGGUCAAAGAAUAAAUCUACAACAGCGAGCUGCUACACAUUUCUUGAAACACAUCGUUGAUGAACAGCAGUUUGUGGUUCUUGUGACGUUUAGUAGUGACGCUCAAAUACUAAGUCCUUUGACUUUAAUAAAUGGACAGGCUUCAAGAGACAGUCUAGUUAACAAGUUGCCAGAAACUGCAAGUGGAGGUACACAAAUCUGUAAAGGACUCAGAAAAGGCUUUGAGGCUCUUAAAAUGGAUGAUGGUAAAACAAUAGGAGAUGAAAUUAUCUUUCUGACGGACGGGGAAGCAGGUGAUAAUGUUCAGGAUUGUUUCCAGGAAGCUGUUCAAAGUGGUGCAAUCAUUCACACUAUAGCAUUCGGCCCAAAGGCAGACAAUGUACUGAAAACCAUGGCGGAUCAAACAGAGGGAGACUUUAGAAUAGCCAAUGAAACUAUAUGUUCCAACGAGCUUAUGGAUGCCUUUUUUUCAAUGACACUGUUUGAUGGAAAUCCCAUUACACAGCCAGUUCAGCAUGAAAGCACUGGAAAGAUUUUAACAGAUUGGUUCAAUGGAACAGUUCCCAUUGACCAGGCUGCAGGAAAACACACCACUUUUACAUUAAUUUAUGAAAGAAAUGCACCUACGGUGCACAUACAGUCACUGAGUGGUUUGGUUUAUGACCAGAGAAACACCACUGACACUGCUAACACAAUCACUUUAACUGUUCCAGGGACUGCAGAGCCUGGGGGUUGGAAAUUCAGCUUCCUCAACAGAGAAACAGCUGCUCAACAAAUUAGUUUAACAGUAAUGAGUCAGGCAGCUUUUAAAGAUGUUUCUCCAGUCAGAGUUACAAUCAAAAUGAGACAUCAGCAUAAUAACAGCACCAAACCCAUGCUCGUGUUCGCUGAAGUCAGACAGAACUAUGUACCUGUGUUGGGGGUCAGUGUUUGGGCAACUCUGAUGUCAGAUACUGGAAACUCAGAAAAACUGCAGCUUCUUGAUAAUGGGGCAGGAGCCGAUGUUUUCAAAGAUGAUGGCGUCUAUUCCAGAUACUUCACAAAAUUUAAACGUGGAAGAUACAGUCUAAAAGUGAGAGUGGAAAGUCAACAUGAAGGAGUCCAUUUUUAUCUGCACAAACACAGCAGUGCUCUGUAUGUCCCUGGAUAUAUUGUUGGUAGUAAAGUGGAAUUAAGUCCUCCUAAGCCCCCAGUACAAGUGCAGACAGGGAGCAUUGACAGCUUCAGGAGAGUAGUAACUGGGGUCAGUUUUGUGGUGGAAGCAGAUGCACCUUCAAACUUCCCUCCAAACAAGAUUGUAGAUAUGGUUGCGGCAAUCCAUCAGGACACUGUGUUUCUCAGCUGGACGGCUCCUGGUGGUGAUUGUGAUCAGGGAACAGCCCAUUCCUAUGAAAUCAGAUGGAGUGAAGAUUUCAAGAUGCUUCAAAACAACUUAAAGAGCACUAAUUUAGUCAACACUGCAGCACUUCGGCCUCAGGUGUCAGGAUCAGCUGAGCAACACUCUUUCUGGCUUGACAGUACAAUAAAAAAUGGCACUCUGCUUUUUUUUGCUGUUCAGUCGAUGGACCAAGAGUUAGCAAAGUCUGAGGUAUCAAACAUUGCUCAAGCAACAAAAUAUGUCCAAGGUCAUGGUGAGGCUUCUGAUCAUAGAACAACCCAGUCCUACGAAAUCAAAUGGAAUACGGAUUUAGAGAUGUUUCGGAACAACUCCAGGGGCAGCAAUUUAGUCAACACAACGGCAUUUACUCAAGAAGAGGCACAACCUCAAGAAACUGUCUCAGCUGAAAAACAUUCUUUCAACAGUACAAUAAAAAAUGACACCAUGGGUUUCUUUGCUGUUCAGUCAAAUGCAACAAAGUCUGAGGUAUUAAACUUUUCACAAGCAAACAAUUAUGUCCAAAGUCCUACAUCACCUAUUUUUAAUCAAGGCCUAAAUCUACCUGCUAUUAUUGUAACAGUCUGUUUUGUAGCAUUAUGUGUUAUAGCUGUGGUCAUCAGAAGGGCACUAAAACAAAAAAAGCUUUAUUCUUUAUCACAAAAUUUAUUAUUAAAUUCUGACACAAAUGAGGACCCAGUAGUAAUUUCCACUUUUGACAUAAUAUAAUGAACACGAAGUUAAAGUGGCAUUAAAAUCAAACACAUUACAGUUUGACUCCCUCACUGUCCUAUAUCAUUUAAGUAACUAUUUUUUUUUAAAGUAAAUAAAAAAAUUGUUAAUAUCAGAAUAUUUUUUAUUUGAGACAUAAAAAAACAAGUAAACACCAAAUAUAAUUAGUUUAGUGUGCAAACUAAUACAUAUUCCCGCAAAUUAGCGUACAAGGAUUCCAAAUGGAAUUAAGUCUGGACUUUUCCAGACUUCGACUAGGCGACUAAAAAAACUUUUUUCACAGCACUGUACUUUGAAUGCACACGUUUGUGUGGAUAAUUAGUUAGGACCACCUGUUUCUUUUAAAUUAAGCUUGUUGUGUUUCCUGAUGUAUUUUCGUCUCAACUGUUGAUGAUUUAUGGAUUUUUUUUUAUUUAUCAAUAAGUAUGAACAUCUUGUUCUACAUGUAACCAAUCACAAAAAUAUCUAUGUGCAUAAAAUUAUUUAAUUUCAUGUAACACCAUGGUCA